GGAUUGUAUCUAGACAAGUGGUAAUCUUGAACAUCACAUUUCGUAUACGUAUAGUAAGAAAUAAGUAUCUACAAUAAAAGUGGUUUGAUAAUAGUGAAAAUAUUCAAAUUGAUGCCACACGCGAAGUGACGAUUCGCAAAUCGUUCGCGUUUAGAUACCUACGUGAGGUAUUUAAAGAAAAUUAGUGCUUAAACGUUAACUAUGAGUUGUGCAAGAAUACCAAGUCGAUAUGCGGUGGCGACGAUGAUAUUCAUAAGCUCGUGCGCGAGUUACAUGAUGAGGACCAACCUGAACGUCAACUUGGUGGCCAUGGUUCCUGUUUCUAACACCACGGAAUAUGACUCACAAGUGACAUUAAACUGGACAGCAUAUGAACGAGCUAACGUCAUGUCGAGUCAUUUAUGGGGGGACAUAUUAGCCUGCCUUAUCGGCGGUCCUAUAGCCGAGCGCUGGGGAGCCCGGUACGUGGUUAUCACAGGGGUUUUAAUUAGUGCAAUGCUCACCAUGGUCACGCCUGUAGCAGCCAAACAGAGCUAUAUCGCGAUGCUGAUUGUUCGACUUCUUCUGGGCUUCUUCAGUGGCUUCGUAAACCCAGGUUGUCACGUGUUAAUUUCACGAUGGGCACUCGCCACCGACAAAGGGAAGUUCUCUGGCGCUCUGAUGGGAGGAAGCAUCGGUAUAUUCUUAGCUUGGACUAUUUGUGGGUUCUUGAUUGGUCCCUUCGGAUGGGAAUGGGGCUUCUAUUUUUUCGGAAUUGUAUCCUUCGUAUUAGGAGCGAUGUUAUGCUGGUCUAUGUAUGAUUCACCCGACACACAUCCUAGAAUUUCAAAACAAGAGAGGAAAUAUCUCGCUGAAAACAUUACGGUGCAAAAUGGGAAGUUAUCGAUCCCCUACCGCCAUAUUCUAACGUCACUGCCGUUCUGGUCUCUAUGUAUCAUAAACUUUGGAAGUGGCUGGGGGAUAUUCUUCGUCAUUACCGCAGCCCCUAAUUACAUAGCAAAUGCCCUUAACUUUAAUAUCGCCUCCACUGGCGUACUUUCAGCACUCACUUACCUCGCAAAAUCCAUAUUUGCUAUGAUAUUUGGAUCCAUAGGCGACUUCUUAUUGAAGAAAAAAUGUGUAACUUUGAAUGCUUUGAGAAAAUGCGCAAUAUUCAUAUCCCAUGUGCUGCCUGGUCUAGGACUAUUGGGAAUGGGUUAUCCUGGAAUGAAUCCGGCAUAUUAUAUAACACUGAUUACUGCGGUAAUGGCUUUGAAUGGGUCUGUGACAUUAACUACCGCAGUAAACGGACACGAUUUGACGAGGAACUUUGCGGGCACUGUCAACGGCAUCGCGUUCGCCAUGAUGCCUAUCGCUGGGAUCAUAACUCCGUAUAUCACUGCCUACUUCACGAAAUCUGAUGAGACAAGUGCGGCGUUAUGGCAACCAGUGUUUUACACGGGAGGAUCAGUGUUCAUAGCGACAGGUUUACAAUUUCUUAUUUUCGGCUCCACGGAGACACAACCAUGGAAUGUUAUUACAAAAAUAGAAGAUGAAAAAGAUAAGGAAAAGGAGAAGCAAUGACAAAGAUGAAGAAUCCAUUUAGUUUAAGUUGUAAAUAGGUUGUAUUGUAAUCAUAAAAAUUGAGGCAGUAGAUAAUAAUUAAUACCCACAUAUUGUAUCUAAAAUUUAUAAGAUAUUAAUUUAUGAUAUUGGAUUAAUAAGCAAUCAUGUUAUUUACUAUUAUUAUACUUAAUACUAAGUAAUAAUUAGGGUCCAGAACACUAAAUCCCGAUCCCCAAGGAUCUAGAAUUUCUUGGUUCUUUUGACGCUAAAAUAAUAUAGGACUUUUAUAAAUUUGAUUCCCGAUUUUCUCUUUCGAUGGUUUCGGAAAUCGGGGUCUCCCUUAAAAAAUGUUUCAGUAACAAAACAAUUUCUAUCAGUAGAUAGAAGAAAAUGAAACACAUAGUAAUGUGCCUUAUUUUUUCCUUUCGUACGUUACUUAUUAAUUUAUAUUUUAUUACUAUGAUCUCCUGUACAAAUUUAACUUGAAUAUAUAUACAAUAUAUA